AUGCGCAUGGCAAGAAAACGCAAAAUUGGGUAUGAGGAGAUGAGUGAGGAUCUGGAAAGAAAGGAGAUGAUGGAGCUGACAAAAAUGGCCAAGGCCUGGGAAUUCACUUGCUCCUUCUGCUUCAAGAAAUUCCCUUCGGCUCAGGCAAUGGGCGGCCACCAGAACGCCCACAGGCAAGAGCGCAUGGAGGAGAGGCGCCUCUACAUCAAGGACCCCAUUGGGUACCGUAAGCGGGCCUACAUAAAGUCCAUGAACAUCAAGGAAGCUGCUGCAGCCCAACCAUCCGGCCCAAAACAAGUCUUCAAAUUCCAGUUCCUCAACAUUAAUAAUAAUAAUGCCCCACCCCACAAUGGCCUUGUGGAAUUUAAUGCUUCUGCUGCUGCUGCUUCUUCCAGUGUUAAUAAUAAUACUUACAAUAACAAAAACUAUUUUUGCCAGCCGGCCUUUGUUGUGAUGAACUUUCUGCCGCCAAAGGAACUUAGCCUUGUCAACACUGUCGGUGGAAAGGCGCGUAUGGAGAUUGAUGGUGUCGGUGGCAGUGGAGUGUAUUCGGAAUUAGAGAAGAAGCUGGAUUUGACUCUCAAGCUGUAG